UCGCCUCUGCUCUUGAACUGUAGGUCCGGCAAGUUUCAUCCUUCUCCUUGGCGGACUCGGAACCGGCAGUGAAGCGGUAAUAGCGGCAAGCCCGGCUCGGCCCCGGCGGGACCCCAGGGACAGAGCGCGACCCGGGGCCCUGACGGACCCCGCAGGCUUUAGCAGGAUGAAGUUAAAAGAAGUGGACCGAACUGCCACACAGGCAUGGAGCCCUGCCCAGUGUCAUCCCAUUUAUCUGGCUACAGGAACAUCUGCUCAACAAUUGGAUGCAACAUUUAGUACCAAUGCUUCUCUGGAGAUAUUUGAAUUAGACCUGUCUGAUCCAUCAUUGGAUAUGAAAUCUUGUGCUACUUUCUCUUCUUCCCAUAGGUACCACAAAUUGAUUUGGGGACCUCAUAAGAUGGAUUCCAAAGGAAAUCUUUCUGGAGUCUUAAUUGCAGGGGGUGAAAACGGGAAUGUUAUUCUGUAUGAUCCUUCCAGAAUUAUUGCUGGAGACAGUGAUGUUGUGAUUGCCCAGAAUGACAAACAUACAGGGCCUGUGAGAGCCUUGGAUGUGAAUGUUUUCCAGACUAAUUUGGUAGCCUCUGGGGCUAACGAGUCUGAAAUCUACAUUUGGGAUUUAAAUAAUUUUGCAACUCCCAUGACACCUGGAGCCAAGACACAGCCCCCAGAAGAUAUCAGCUGCAUUGCUUGGAACAGACAAGUCCAACAUAUUCUAGCUUCAGCCAGUCCCAGUGGCCGGGCUACUGUUUGGGACCUUAGAAAAAAUGAACCUAUAAUCAAAGUCAGCGAUCAUAGCAACAGGAUGCACUGUUCGGGAUUGGCUUGGCAUCCUGAUAUUGCUACCCAAAUGGUUCUUGCUUCUGAAGAUGACAGAUUACCUGUGAUUCAGAUGUGGGAUCUUCGGUUUGCUUCUUCCCCACUCCGUGUUUUGGAAAACCAUGCAAGAGGAAUUUUGGCCAUUGCCUGGAGCAUGGCAGAUCCCGAGUUAUUGUUGAGCUGUGGAAAAGAUGCCAAAAUUCUCUGCUGCAACCCCAACACAGGAGAGGUGCUGUAUGAACUUCCCACCAACACACAGUGGUGUUUCGAUAUCCAGUGGUGUCCCCGAAACCCAGCUAUCCUCUCUGCCGCUUCCUUUGAUGGACGUAUUAGUGUUUACUCUAUCAUGGGAGGGAGCACAGAUGGCCUGCGGCAGAAACAGGUAGACAAGCUCUCGUCAUCAUUUGGGAACCUUGAUCCCUUUGGCACAGGACAGCCUCUUCCUCCUCUGCAAAUUCCACAGCAGACUCCUCCACAGGGUGUCGUGCUGCCAUUAAAGAAGCCACCAAAGUGGAUCCGAAGGCCUGUGGGGGCUUCGUUUUCGUUUGGAGGCAAGCUAGUGACUUUUGAGAGCAUGAAGCCGCAGCCAGGAGCAGAGCAGCAGCUCCAGCGCCACCAAGUGCACAUCAGCCAGGUGGUCACAGAGAAGGAAUUCCUCCUGCGCUCUGAUUACCUCCAGCAGGUUGUGCAGUCACAAGGCUUUGUCAGCUACUGCCAGAAAAAAAUUGACGCUUCACAGACUGACUUUGAGAAAAAUGUGUGGUCUUUUUUGAAGGUAAAUUUUGAAAAUGAUUCUCGUGGAAAAUACCUUGAACUUUUGGGAUACAGGAAAGAAGACCUGGGGAAAAAGAUUGCUUUAGCUCUGAAGAAAGGUGAAGGGCCUGAACUGGUUCUCAAAGAUUCUGACCAGUUGGCACCAAGUGAUGGUCAAGAGAGCCAUGCUGCUGAAGAGAAUUUUUUUGGAGAGAUCACCAAAGAGAAAAAUCAAGAGACUGAAAUUUCUCUGUCAAGUGGAGGAACAUUUAAUAUUUCUGUCAGUGGAGAUAUUGAUGGCUUAAUUACACAGGCUUUGCUGACUGGUAAUUUUGAAAGUGCAGUUGACCUUUGUUUACAUGAUAACCGCAUGGCAGAUGCCAUUAUAUUGGCCAUAGCAGGUGGACAAGAGCUCUUGGCUCGAACUCAGAAAAAAUACUUCGCAAAAACUCAAAGCAAAAUUACCAGGCUGAUUACAGCAGUGGUGAUGAAAAAUUGGAAAGAGAUUGUUCAGUCCUGCGACCUUAAGAACUGGAGAGAAGCUUUAGCUGCUGUGUUAACUUACGCUAGGCCAGAUGAAUUUUCAGCUCUUUGUGAUCUGUUGGGCACCAGGCUUGAGAAUGAAGAUGAUCCUCUUUUGCAGACCCAGGCAUGUCUUUGCUAUAUUUGUGCUGGGAAUAUAGAGAAAUUGGUUGCGUGUUGGACUAAAGCUCAAGAUGGAAGCAACCCUUUGUCACUUCAGGAUCUGAUUGAGAAGGUUGUCAUCCUCCGAAAGGCUGUCCAACUCACCCAGGCAUCAGAUGUUAAUGUCAUUGGGGCACUUUUGGCCGAAAAGAUGAGUCAGUAUGCCAAUUUGUUGGCAGCCCAAGGCAGCAUUGCUGCAGCUCUGGCUUUCCUCCCUGCCAACACCAGCCAGCCAAAUAUUGUGCAGCUUCGUGACAGAUUGCGCAGAGCACAAGGCGAGCCUGUGUCAGAGCAGGAAGUUUCCUCUCGGGCUCUCUAUGACAGACAACGUGUGUCCAAAGGAGGACCUGGGCCAGCUGCAGGCCAGACACAGGUGCCCCGAGCUACAGCCCAGCAAUAUUAUCCUCAUGUUAGAAUUGCCCCUACUGUCACUACCUGGAGUAACAAAACUCCUACUGCCCUUCUCAGCCAUCCACCUGCAGCCUCUCCCUCUGACACACAGGGAGAAAAUCCUCCACCUCCAGGUUUCAUUAUGCCAGGACCUAGUAAUCCUAAUAUGGCAAUUCCGCAACCUACUUCUCCUGGCCACAUGUAUGCACAGGUAUCAUCUUAUCCACAGCCACAGACGUAUCAACCAACUCAACAGUAUACAUUCGGAACAGGGGGACCAGCAAUGUAUCAGCCACAGCAACCUGCCCCCCUUCCUGCUUCAAAUGCUUACCCUAAUCCUCCUUACAUGCCCUCUGCAUCUUCCCAUUCUGGGCAGUCUCCGAUCUUUGCCGCCCAGCACCAGGCCUCUCCAAACACUCCCAACUCUAUGUCUGCUUUCCCUCCUCCCCCUUCCGGAGCGUCCUUCCAGCAUGGCGGGCCAGGCGCUCCACCGUCCUCCACUGCUUAUGUCCUGCCUCCUGGAUCCACAGGUACACUGCCUGCUACCAGCGAGCUGCCUGCGUCCCAAAGAACAGAAAAUCAGUCUACUCACGACCAGGCAUCUAUGUUGGAAGGACCUCAGAAUGGUUGGAAUGACCCACCAGCUUUGAACCGAGUUCCCAAGAAAAAGAAGAUCCCUGAAAACUUUACACCACCUGUACCUAUCACUUCGCCAAUCAUGAACCCUGUGGGUGAUCCUCAGUCACAGAUGCAGCAGCAGCAACAGUCUUCUGUUCCAGCACCUCUGUCGGGCCAGGUUCCAUUCCAGCAACCACAUCUCUCAGGGAGCCAGCCCAUCCUGCAGAAUCCCUUUCAUGGCAUGCAGCAACCAUUGCAGCCACCAGCUUUCUCAAAGCCUAGUACAGAGGGUGCCCCAGGAGCUCCAAUAGGAAAUACCAUCCAGCAUGUGCAGUCCUUGCCAACAGAGAAGAUUACCAAGAAGCCCAUUCCAGAUGAGCACCUCAUUCUCAAGACUACCUUUGAGGAGCUCAUUCAGCGAUGUCUUGCCUCUGCCACAGACCCGCAAACAAAGAGAAAGUUAGAUGAUGCCAACAAACGCCUGGAAUUUCUAUAUGAUAAACUUAGAGAACAAACACUUUCCCCAACGAUCCUCAAUGGUUUGCAUAACAUUGCGAGGAGCAUUGAAACUCGGAACUACAUGGAAGGACUGAACAUCCACACGCAUGUUGUAAGCAAUAGCAACUUCAGCGAGACCUCAGCCUUCAUGCCAGUGCUCAAAGUGGUUCUCACCCAGGCUAAUAAAUUGGGUGUCUGAGUGAAAACCUUGUCGCAGCCAUCGCAGGCCACUCAUUUCAGGAAAUCCCCACUCCCCCAAAAAGUGUAAGCUGCAGACCAGGCACCAGUCUUCACUAGCAUGCUUCCAUGGCCAUCUAAUCGAGAGCCUUUGUGCUAUUUUUGCUGAUAAACUCAGUUUAGAGUGGCUCCAGGACACUCUGUGCUUUACUUUAAUCUCUUAUUGCCCAUAAUGAUUCUUCUCUGCAGAUAGUAGAUUUCAUGGGUUAUGCAUAAUAUGGUCUACGAAAGUAAAUAUUGUACUAAUAAAAGGUUUUUAAUACUUUGAUGUGCUUUUUAAAAAAGAGCAUUCAGUUAUGCAUUAAGCAGAGGUAAACCAAUUUUACUUCAUAUUUCUCUACUUCCUUGGUAUCAGCCAGACUUAAAACAUAUAAUCUUAUCUAAUGAGUUUAGUUUUUCUAUUGUAUCCCAAAAUUUAGUUUAAUCUCAUUUUUGAAAUGAAAAGAAAAUAUUAUUUUGAAUCAGAACAAAUAACCAAAAUCCAGAAGAUAAUACAUGGGUUUCAGGACAUAGUAAUUCAUUAAAAUAUACUUAUGCUAAUACUUCAAAGAUCUAUAGUUUCAUCUAUGUCAGUGCUCUGUUCACUGGUGUAGAGCACAACCUCUCCAUGCCUUGAUAAAGAGCUUAUUGUUAUGGACAAAACAAAACCAUCCCUCAGUGGUCAGCCCUCUCAUGGUAAGUCUCUUUAAGCUUGACUAGGCUAGGCCUGAAUGACUGACAGACUUUAAAACAUGCUUUUAGGAAAACAGAGGUUUCUAGAGUUAAAAACCAUCUCAUAUGGAGAGCUACGAAAAUGUAUCUUUGGACUUUGGUCCCAAAAUAAGUGUUGGUAAUAAAUAUAUUCAGAUUUUUAGUUGAGGUUUUGUUUCAUGUCUGUUAUAUUUUAUUUUCAUUUUCAUUUUCCCUGAUUUGAGUUCAAUUAGCUUGGAAAAUCAGAACCCAAAGUGUGCUGACCUAGCUUCCCUAAUUUAGAAGGACCUGCAAUAAAACAAACGGCCUUGUCACCACAGCUCUCCUCAGUGAAUGACUGAUCUUGUCCUUCCCCUCCUCCUCUUAGGCUGAGCCACAAGGACAGAUUGGCCCCUUGAGUCCUUUCAUGAUGUUGGUAUUCCAUUUCUCUCAUCAUCCACACCCAUCACUCUCCCAAGGUUGGUGGGGCCAAGAGACUGGAGUCAGGCCAGAUCAUGGCACCUAAUGGUCAGAUGGUGCACUGGGAAGACCUCUGGACCUAGAAUAGCGGUGGGAUCCUGGGAGAAGGCACUUGCCUCUGUAGUUUUCUCAUCUGUAAUGGGGGAAUAAUGCUAAAUAAAGCCCACCUACCUCACAGGGUUGUUGUGAGGACUAAAUGAAUUCAUAUUUGUGAAACACUCCACAAACUUUAAAGCACUAUAUAAGUGCUACUGAGUAUUAUCGUUUUACUGCUUGUGUGACCUAGGGCAAGUAGCUGAAAUUCUGAGAUUCAUUUUCCUCAUUUGUAAAAUGAGAAUUUGACUAUCUUGGAUAGCUGCAAGUCUCUUUUACUUCCAUACCUAAAAUCCUAAAUGUAAUGGUGUACUGGUUUAGAUUAAAAAGUCUUAGUGCUGUUUUAAGCUUAAAUGGUUUAAUGGUUUAAAACUAAACUAAGAUUUUUGGGACAUUGUGCAUAUUACUAUUUUGGGACACAAAAGCACACACAGUCUAAUGUCACAUCUUCUACUGGUAAAUCCUAUCAGAAACUUAAAAUUGUCUUUUCAUUUGGAAAAAACUCAUAUUUUUUAAAAAAUCAAAAUUACUUUGUAAAAAUGUCCAAAAGAGUUCUAGACCUACUGUGUAUACCCAGUGGUGUAUAUUGGUUGAAUAGAUGAGUUUUUACCAACUAUGGAAAAUUAUCCUACUUUCAAAAAUGCUUUUUUUUGGGGGGGGGGGGCGGCGGGAAGCAGAUUAUUCAAUCUCUUUAUUUUUAUUGCUCAUGGCCCUUCAAAUGAAUGUAGAAAAAGGUGGGUUAACUGCUGAAACUUCUGUUUUAAGUUAGGGAAAUAAUUGGAGUACAGUAUUUAUGGGAAGAGGUUUUUUCCCUAAGGAGGAAAAAAGACCUCAAAGGGUAAAUUUAUAUUGUUUUCUAAAACAAAAGAUAAAAAUUUAGCUCUACUUUGUAAAUGAUUAAAAUGUUAAUGAUAAACAUCCUUUUAAACUCUUGAUGAUAGCUUGUGUCUGUGCUUAUUAAGUACACUUUGGAUAAAGUUAUCAAAUUGUAUUGGGAUUGGGGAUUUUCAUUUGAUUCAUUACCAUUCUUAUUUACUUAGAGGAUCUAAAAGCCCUUGUGUGUAAAAUUGACUCAUCUUUCCAAUUAGAUUGAGAAAGCCAUGAGUUUUUUGUGUCCCUACCACUAUAGUCAGUGUCUGAGGUUGGUUUUGGUAAUGAUUAAUCUUGGCCAAUAGAGAAGGGUAUCUGUGCUAAAACCUCUAAGAUCACUUAAUCUCUAGUAAAGGCAGUAGACUACAGCUGCAUUCCUCCCUGAGCACAAAAUAAAGUGCCUAUCCUGUAGCGUGUUUCUCAUGUUCUGGCAACAUGCUAAAUGGUGGCUCCACGUGCCAUACUUCUCAAGAAGCACUGAAUUCCAGUGGAAUAAAAUUGUACAGGCAUUGCUAAGUGCCUAGUAAGUUCCAGCAACCGUGUUGGCAAUACAAAGGUAGCCCCUGCCCGCAAGGGCCAUGUAUUUGUAAGCGCUCAUGGUAUCUGUCAAGGUAAGAAUUUAUGAUUUGCCUACAGUGCCAGGCAGUGUCCUAUGCACUGAGGAUAUAAAGAAAGGCAAAAAACAAAAACAAAAACAAAAACAAAAAAACUCAACUAAUCAAGGAACUCAAUAUAUUGUUUUAAAAGUGAAUAGAAGAUUAUAGGUCAUGCUAACCAGAGACUCUCUUAUCUCCCACCCCCACUUCCAGGCCCUUUCUUAUACAAACUGUAGUGAUUUUAAAAAUUUAGGCAUUGUGCUAGGACUUGCAGAUACAGCUCACUUCCCCUUGAGAAAUCCAAGUCUAGUUGAGAUGGCAUAUAUGUGGACAUACAUGAAGAAAACAUAACUAUCCCAGCAAAAGAAAUCCAAACCUUUUGUCUCUGCCUCCCUAAAUACUACAUUUAACAACAACAACAGAUGCCUGUUUAUUGUAAUAUAUUAGCUAACCUUUAUUUUUUAUUUUUCAUAUUUUCUUCUAUUUUUAUUUUCAAAAUAUAUGCAAAGAUAGUUUUCAAUAUUUACUCUUUUUUAUUAUAGCUUUUUAUUUACAAAAUACAUGCAUGGGUAAUUUUUCAGCUUUGACACUUGCAAAACCUUUUGUUCCAACUUUUCCCCUUCUUCCCCCUCCCUCCUCCCCCAGAUGGCAGGUAGACCCAUACAUGUUAAAUAUGUUAAAUACAAUAUAUGUAUACAUAUCCAUAUAGUUAUUUUGCUGCACAAGAAGAAUCGGACUUUGAAAUAAUGUACAAUUAACCUGUGAAAGAAAUCAAAAAUGCAAGUGGACAAAAACAGAGGGAUUGGAAAUGCUAUGUAGUGGUUCACAUUCAUUUCCCAGAGUUCUUUCACUGGGUGUAGUGGGUUCUAUUCAUUGUUGAACAAAUGGAACUGAUUUGGUUCAUCUCAUUUCAACAUUUACUCUUCCAAAAACCUUGUGUUCCAAAUUUUUUUUCCUUCCUGCCACCCCCUCCCUUAGAAUAGCUAACAUUAAUGUAGCACUUUAUGAUUUGCAAAGUUCUGAACUGGAGAUUCUGUACUCAAUCCUAGCAUUGUAUUGGGAAUAACAUUGGCAUUUAAUCAUAUCUGGCUCCAGGCUGCCUUUCCAGGGAAUAUUACUCGCAACUGUUCUUCAGAUAUUCUAUCUUAUAGUCCAACCAAACUAUUUGCUGUUUCCUUAUGUGCCAGUCCAUCUCAUUCCCAUGCUUUUCUGUUUCAUAUCUGGAAUCUACUACUCCCUCUCCACCUCUGCCAGCUUCCUUUCUAGUUCACUUCAAACGCUUUGGCCGCAGCAGAUCUUUUCUGAUCCUCAGGCCAGCUGCUAGCAUUCUAUCCCCAGAAAUUACCUUGUAUCUAUCUUGUAUUUGUUUUCUUGUCCCCAGUAGACUAUAAGCACUUUGAGGUUAGGAAUUGUUGUUUUCCUGUCCCUAGCACUUACCAUCGUGCUUUCAUGUUUUUCAAUUUAUACUAAUCAAAUUUCAAAGAUAACCUUGCCAACUUCUUAUAAUGCUCAGGAAAUUGUUUACUCUCAGAAAAUUUUAAGUGUUUCAGACUUGGUUUUAAUCAUGCCUAAGUGGAUCAGUCUAACAAAAGAGCUCUUUUCCUCUCGCAGCUUUCUAUCACUGAGAAGCUGAAUUAGUAAUUGAUUUUUUUCUUAGUGUAGGCUGACUCCCUGAAGCAGUAAUGUUUCUUUCAUUUGCAGUUUAUAGCAGCUCCCCAGUUUUCCCCUGUGCUUUGUAUUGUUAUUCAGUUGUUUCAGUCAUGUCUGACUCUCCGUGACCCCAUUUGGGGUUUUCUUGGCAAAGAUACUGGAAUGUUGGCUAUUUUCUUCUUUAGUUCAUUUUAUAAAUGAGAAAACUGAAGCAAACAGGAUUAAAUGACUUGCCCAGGGUCACACAGCUAGUAAGGAUCUGAGGCCAGAUUUGAACUCAGGAAGAUGAACCUUCCUGAUUUUUGUUAUCAAGCUAUUUCAUCAUACUUUGAAAUGUAGAAGAAAAGCUCUCUAGGACUCUUGUUAAGUGGUAUGUUUGUUUAUCUUUCAGGUUUGAGUUUUCCAUUGGCUGUAGAGACUACCCUAAAAAUAUAUUUCCUUUUUUUCAAGGAGACUAAGGGAGUCUAUAUGUUUGUGUGUGGGGAUGAUGUGGAAAGGGAAUAUAGUACCUUUCUAACCCUAAACAAUUGUGCCUCUUGUUUUUGAAUUCUGGUUGUUCCCUUUUUGCCUGAGCUUAAUGUAAUCAUGUCUUUAUUUUACACCAAAACAUUGCAUACGAUUACUUUGUACUAGGAAUAGUUCCUCAGUAAUCCUUGAAAAAAAUUUUUUUUCUGAACUUAACAUUGCCUCAGUCCCAAUAAUUUAUCAGCAUUUCCAUAUACAAAUUAGAACCCAAAACAAGAAUUAUAUAUGAAAUUGUGAAUGCCUUCCAUGCUGUCUGUUUUUUAAAAUUUAAGUAUUUAAUAAAUUCAGCCUGUCAAUUUAAAAA